AUUUUUGGGCUCUUUGGCGUUCCGUCCGUCGUUAUGGCAACCAAACAUUCGUCGGACCGACUGGUGUCAAGAAAGAAAGCAAGCAGGUGACCAUCUUCCACGCACCCGACACCAUUGGGCCAUGGCAUCUUCUCAGCGGGACGUCAUCGACUUCUCGGCGUUGGAGAAACAUUUACGCGCCAGCGUGGAGGCGGAGCGCAAAUACCAACGAGAGAACGACGCGAAGCUGAGGGCCGUCCAGCAAGGCGUGGCCUCGUACGAGCAGUUCAGGGGUCUAGUCCUGACCAGUCACCUGACGCCUUUCAGCAAGAAUGAUAAAAACACUCGCAAGCACGCCCCCUGGAACCCAGUGGUUCCUCCCAGCAAUCCACCUGAUCCUCAAGAAACACACACGUACACUCCUGACCAUCAAUAAUAACAUAAAUCACACCAAACCCUCAAUAACGACAACAACUCUCCUGAUCCUCAAUAACAAUAACACAUUUGCGCCUAAUACACACCCUUGAUAUCAACACACACACACACACGUAUCAGGGGUGUCAAACUCAUUUUUUUCGCGGGCCGCAUUGUAGUCAUAGCUUCUUUCGGAAGGCCAUUAUGACUGUCAACC